AUGGCCAACGACCCGUUCAAAGUGGUCAUCGUCGGCGGCGGCCCUAGCGGCAUCACAGCAGCGCACGCUUUGCACCACGCCGGCAUCGAUUUUGUCGUGCUCGAGAGGCGGGAAAACAUCGUCGAGGACCUCGGCGCAAGUCUCGUUCUGGGUCCCACGAGCAUGCGCGUCUUCCACCAACUCGGUAUCCUCGACAAACUCACGGAGAUUGGCAUGUUCUUAGACGACAACCGUGGAUUCACCGUCGACGGGACCAAUUUCAAGAAGUCUUCCGCGUUUGAUUUACUGAAAGAGCACCACGGCUCAACGCCAUUGGCGUUCCACAGAGCGCAUCUGAUUCAGGCCCUCUACGACACCCUGCCGGAAGCCGCCAAAGAGCGUUACCACACCGGCAAGAAGCUCGCCGACAUCACGCCCACCGAGACGGGUGUCAUCGUCUCCUGCGACGACGGCUCGUCCUACCAAGGAUCGAUCGUCGUCGGCGCCGACGGCGUGCACUCCGCCACUCGUCGGCAGAUGCGCCGGCUGGCCCUCGAGGAAGACCAGACCCGCGAGUGGGACCCCGAGAAGCCGUACGAGACGAACUACCGCUGCAUGUGGGCGUCGUUCCCGCGGCCGACCGCGGCCGGCCAGAGCUACGAGACGCAGGCGACGGACAAGUCGGUGAUGUACAUCACCGGAAGGGAGAGGGGGUGGAUUUUCUGCUACGAGAAGCUGGACAAGCCGACGAAGGAGAGGAUCUCGUUCACGGAGGAGGAGCUCGAGCAGUAUGCGGCGCGGUUUGCGGAGUGGCCCAUCACCGGCAGCUUGAAGGUCAAGGAUGUCUGGAAAGAGCGGUUCAACGCCGGCGGAGCUGGCCUCGAGGAGGGCAUCUGCAAGCACUGGAGCUGGGCCGGCAAGAUCAUCCUCGUCGGCGACGCGGCGCACAAGUUCACGCCUAACGCCGGCCUGGGGUUCAACAACGGCGUCCAGGAUGUUGUCACGGUUUGCAACGGCCUUCGGAAGAUCAUCUCCGACUCGGAAGGCUCGCCCAGCUUCGAAGCUCUCGACAAAUUCUUCGGAGAGUACCAGAACGACAGAACGGAGCUGUUGCAGAAGGACCUGGAACAGUCUGCGCGCCUCACGAGGCUGCAUGCUUGGGAGACGACGUUCGACUGGAUCAUGGCGAGAUACAUCUUGUCGUGGGGAUUCAUCCAGAGGAUCCUGCUCACGUACGUGGUGUCGCCGGCAAUCCAGAAGGCGAAGGUGUUCGACUUCAUUGGGUCCUCGGAGCCGUUUGAGCCGGGGACGUUCAAGUGGCUGCAUCCGCUGCUGAACAACAUUACAAAGAACCGGGCUCUUUAA